AUGCCAAAACGCUCAGCUCCUCACGAUCACGACUUCUCUGUUCCGCCCUCGAAGAAGCGACGAGACUCCUUACCGCGAUGGAAGCCCGACACGCCCCUCGCCCGAGUACCUGCGUACAGAGACUAUAUCCCAGCCGACACAUCAAUACCUCCUCUCCCGACCAUCGACUCCGAGCCCCUCGCCGAAGCCCCAUUCCGUCACAAGUCAGCAUUCUCCAGCGACCGCACCGAAGCCAGCAACGACAUGUCCUACGAGCGACUCGAAUUUCUCGGCGACGCCUACCUCGAAGUUUUCGCAUCGCGACUCAUCUUCUCCCGCUUCAAUCAACUUCCGGCCGGGCAGAUGAGCCAGCUGCGCGAAUUGCUUGUGAAGAAUGAGACGUUGGCGGAAUAUGGCAGGGCGUACGGCUUUGAUCAACGAGUUAAAGUCGCAGAUUUGGAAAUGAUGAAACAGAGCUGCAAGGACAAAGCUGGAAACAAGGCGCUCAACAAGGUCAUUGGCGAUGUCUUUGAAGCCUACAUUGCUGCCAUCGUUCUUAGCAAGCCGGAGACUGGGUUCGCGGAGGCGGAAGAGUGGUGUAUGCGACUUUGGGAGUCAAAGAUUCAAGCAACGACUGAGGACAAGCUUCACGAGUACAAUCCCCGGGCCAAAGCAGAGCUGCAGCAACGCAUCUUGUACGGCGAUGUGAAGCUCCAGUACGAACCGUGGAAACCCACCGUGGAGCUCAAAGGCGACCGCAUCGGACAGAAUCAGCACUUCAUCGCGCUCUACCUCACCGGCUAUGGAUAUGAAAGGAAGCUGCUGGGUAAGGGAGUCGGGCAGAACAAGGUCGAGGCGGGGAUUUGGGCGGCUACCGAGGCCAUGCAUGGUGAGAACAAAUCUCUGAUUGAUGAUUGUGAGGCACAGGCAAAGGAGGCCAAAGAGAAGAGGCAACGCGCGCAGGCGGAGAAGGACUUGACCGAGAAGUCGUCUCCUCCGUCUUGA